AUGUAUGUUGAACUAUGCUCAUACUUUAUGAUAUGUAUGUACAUAUUGUUUACUACAGGCCUACAAAUUAAAAAAAAAGGUCAUAGCUUUAUAAGUAAUAUACAGUUUAAUAAUAUUGUGCACGAACAAAAUAUAAAUCAUUUGAAAAAAAAGCAAAAAAAUAAAGAAAAAUAUUUAGCAUAUUGGUCAGAAGGAAAAAGAGAUCACACACAAUUUAAGAAGCAUAAUAGGUGUAUAGAACAAAAUGGGGAGGCUGUAUGUGAUAAUGACAAAGGAGACCAUUUUAGUGGUACGAAACUAGAGGAAGGGGAGUGGGAAGACCAUGUGGAUGCACCGUUGGACAACGACCAUGUGGACGCACGGCUUGCGAACGAACAGUGUUCAGGUAAGAGAUUAGAAUUAUACGAGAAACUAUUUAAUGUUGAAGAGAAUAGUGAAUACACAGUGUUGUCACCCAAGUAUAAUAUGAAUAUAUACAACAUACUAGAAAAGAAUUACGAUGAGAAAGAAAAUAAUAAAAAAAUUAUUUUAAAAAUAAAUAAUUUAAAUUACGAAAUUGAUAACAAAAAGAUUAUAAGCAAUUUAAAUUUUGAGUUAAAUAAAUCGGAGUGUGUUGGUCUGAUAGGUAAUAAUGGAUGUGGUAAAACGACCCUAUUAAAUUUAAUUUUUGAAAAUGCAGAUAAUAGAUCUAAAAAUAUAAUUAUUCUAAAUAACCAAUUUAAAAAAGAAAAUGUUGAAGAUGUAAUACUUAAUGAAGAUAAUAUAUGUUCUCUAAUCAAAAAAAAUAAUUUUACAGUUCUCUAUAAAAUAUUGUCUUACAUGGCAAAUAACUCAUUAAAUUUAAGCUCUUUACCAACUUUAAUUAAAAAUUUGAAAAAUUUAGACCUUGGUCAGCUAGAUAAAAAUUGGUUAAAAAAUAAUAAUCAGCUGUUUUUCAAAAAUGAAGUUUUUUAUUUUAAACAGAAUAUACAUCUAUUACAAAAUAAUGAUCUAACUGUAUUUGAAAAGGUUCUAAAUUUUUAUCAACGUACGUUACAAAUGUAUGAAGUGCUUAUGUAUAUUGAAAGAAGUAUUAGUAUAUAUAAUAACGAUAAGAGAAUGUCUCAAAGGAAUGGGAAGGAGGAGGUAGAUAUGUCCACAAUGAGUGAAGGAGUCUCAUCUAAUAGGGAGGGGAAAAAUAAGGUAGAAAGGAACGACAGUAAAAGUAAUGAAACAAAUGGUUCGAGCAGCGUUAGCACUGAUAACUUCAGUAGUAAUAGUAGUAAUAGUAAUAGUAAUAGCAGUAGUAAUAGUAGUAAUAGUAGUAAUAGUAGUAAUAGUAAUAGUAAUAGUAAUAGCAGUAGUAAUAGCAGUAAUAGUAGUAAUAUUAGUAAUAGUAAUAGUAAUAGCAGUAGCGCAACUUGCAAUAGUAGUGACAAAGAAAAAGGAAGAAACAACUCCAACCCGUCAGACAGAAGUAAUGGUAAGUUAGACCACUACAAUUGUUCAACAACAAAUUUGGAAAAAUCUAGUGAUACAAACAAUGGUAAAUUCACUCUGUGUAAUGGUAAAAACGAAAUGAAGCUGUCAAAAGAAGAGCAAUAUUUUAUCAAUUCGAAAUAUUUUGACUGCGUUUUGAAAUUAUAUAUGCAUGAAAAAGAACAUGUUUUUAAAGAAAUAAAUAAUAUAAAAAUGAAUUUUAAUAAAUAUGUAAAUAUUCUAAAUUUAAAAAAUUUUGUACAUGUGAAAAUGUGCCAUCUAAGCAAUGGUUAUAUUAUACGUGUCUAUUUACUGCUGCUACUGCUAAGCAAUUCCAAAUUGUUGUUAAUAGAUGAAAUAAAUAAUAACUUAGAUAUAUUCAAUAUAUUUUUUAUAAUGAAUAUAUUUAAAUACGCUUUGAAAUAUAAACAGAUAGGAAUUAUUUUAGCUAGCCACGAUUUUUUUCUAGUUAGCAAAUUGUGUAGCAGUAUAUUAGACUUUAAUAAAAUAUACGGAUAUGAUAUGGAUUUGAACAAUAUGGCUCUACUCAAAAAAAUUAGCAAAGGUAGUAACACGCAUAGAGGUCUAGUGGAUGAUACGGGUGGUAACUAUGGCAUUGAUGCAUCUUAUAAUGAAGUUUAUAAUGUACAUAACGCGCAUAAUUCGCGUAAGUCGAAAACACAGGGUGGAAGCGGCGUAGGGCAUAGUAAAGCGCAUAUCACCAAUUUAACCUACUUCAAGGGGAAUUAUGUGCAAUAUUUAAAUAAUAUGAAAAUUCUGUUUGAUAACAAGAGAAAGAAAAAGGAAGAGCUGAAAAAAAUACUAGACCAACUAAGUGCUAACAUAUCUAAAGCGAAAAAAAAAAAUAAAAACGAAUUUAUGCAACAGUCAUUAAAAAAAAAAGAGGAAGAAUUAAAAUUAUAUCAAAAUAUUUAUGACAAUUUUUUUGAUAGUAAAUUAAAUUAUCAAUAUAUGUACUACAACCUUAUUUAUAGUAAUAAAAAUAAAAACAAAAAUAUUACGAAUUUAGUUUGUGCUAACCAUACGAAGGAAAAUUCAAGUUACUCUUUACAUAAGAAAGAUCGAAUGAGCGUGCAAAGGAACGUACAAGUAGAAACGUCUAUGGAUGGGGAAAAUACAAAUGCGCGUAACACAAACGAUGUUUUUAACAAUUCCCUUCAGUUUAUGAAAGAAGUUCUUCACACAAACAAUCCACUAAAUGAAGGAACAGUCAGUAUGGGAGCUAGUCACAUAGCGGAAGACGAGUAUCGUAACAGAUACAAGAAUGACGAAGCUACCCGGUCUUCAUCGCAGUUGACACGAUUAACUCGAUUUGCUGGAGGAGAUAGCAAAGGAAUGACGGAUGAAGAUAAAAUAAAAUAUAACGAAAGAGUGGAGGUCGAAAAGAUGGAGCAUUCAGAGGAGCAGGCUGUGGAUGAUGAAGAAGACAUAAAGUCUUUCAUGUAUGGAAAAAUGAACGAUGUGGAAGGGAAUAUGAACAAAAACAUUUUAAUAGACAUGAGCAGGAAAAUAAAAAACAGCGAACUUAUAGAAACAGGGGAAAAGUACGGUACGAAUAAUGUAACUCUGUACGACUUCAAUAACUUCUCUUUUUAUUUUUUAAAUAAAAAAAAUAAAAAAAAAAAAUAUAUAUUUAAAAAUAUGAGUUUAAGUAUUAAUAGUGGUGAGAAUGUUUUAUUGUUAGGAAAAAAUGGCAUAGGAAAGUCAACAUUUUUUAAAAUAUUAACAAAUGAAUAUAAUUUAGUAGUUAAUGAAAAUAAAGAUAAUUUUGAAGAUGUGUGGGGGAAAAAAAAAAAAAAAAAAAAAAGUUUAUAUGCAUAUGGGGAUGAUAAUGACAAUGAUAUGGAGGAAGAAAAAAAAGAUAUUUCAACAGAAAUUAUGGAGCAAAAUAAAAUGGCAUAUUUUGAAGGUACCAUAAACUGCAAUUUUAACAAUGUACUGUUAACAUAUUUCGAACAAAAUAUGAUAAAAAAAUUAAAUUUAGAGAUUAACGAUUAUUUUAAAUAUAUAAUUGAGAGGGUCCGUUAUCAACCCAUUAAUUUUUAUGACCAAUGCGAAACAGAGGACCUAUUUAAUGAGCACUUUUUUUUUUACGUUUUAAAUAAAACUAAACCAUUUUGUAAUGAUGUAAUAACAAAUAAUAUUGAGGAGAAAAUUAAAGCAUUGUUAAAAAUUUUUUAUAUCGACAGUAGUACAUCGAUAAAGGAAAAAAGCGGUGGAGAGAAAGUUCGAAUAUUGUUCUUGUCUUUAUUUUUAAAAAAAUCAAAUCUGUUAUUAUUGGAUGAAAUAAAUAAUAAUUUAGACAUAUAUUUGAAAAAUCUUUUGUUACAUUUUUUAAAUUUUAUAUAUGAAGGAAAUUAUAUAUUAACAACACAUGAUUUUUAUAUCAUAAAAAACUUGACAAAUGUUCAUAAAAUUAUUUAUAUUUUUGAUUAUCUGCAUACUUUUACUUUUUAUAAUGUUCAGGAUUUUAUCUACAAUUUCUACAAUUUUAUUUUGACCUCAUUUAAUAUUUUAAAAUAUGAACAAUUAGUAGACGCAAACAAGAAGGAAAAUGAAAAAAAUCGUCAGAAGGGUGCAUUCAUUGUGAACAGCAGGGUGAGAAAUAAGAGCACAAUACAUCCUGAACAGCUAUUCGAUUCCUCUAGACAAACAAUUAACAAUAAUAAUGGUAAUAGUAAUAAUAACGAAAUUAGCUGUACUGCGAAAUACAAUACCGAUUUUUUAUCAAAUUUUUAUGAAAAGAAUGCAAAUUUCAGUAUGCAGAGUAUAGAUCAAUAUGUCAAUCGAGAUAAUUAUGAACAACACCUCUACGAUAGUUAUGACUAUGAAAUAUUGAAAUUUUUAAAAGCACAAUAUGAUAAAGAUAGAAAUGAGAGAAACAGUUAUGAACAAAUUAACAACGUUCAGGAAGAAAUUUUCGAACAACCAAAAGCUAAUAAGAAAAAUUUUGGCGGUAAAGGGUCCUCAGGAAAAAUAAAAAUUAAAAAUUGGAAAAGGUGGAGAAAGUGA